UUUGAUCGAUCUACAUAUAAAAGCACGACCCAAACUCUGUAUACAAUAAGAUUAAGAAGAUGUCGCCAUCAAAGGAAUUUGAGAGCGUGGGAAACGGUGCAAUCCUGACGGGCUUGGGUCUGGCUUGCGUGGCCUUGCCGUGCUGGUUGAGAUCCCGGUAUUACAGAGACCGUGUCAGACCCAAAUUAAUGGACGGAGUCCAAUCAGUUGCCAUAUCUGAUCUUCGAUCCCUCCUUGACACCAGCCCCACCAAUCCUGCAGCCGCCACCACCACCACUGGAAGGCUCAUAUUCGUUCGCGGUAUAAUUCAGGCCAAGGUCGCCAAGGACGGCGAUCAUUUUAUUUCCAAGUCCGGCGAGAAAGCCGUAGCCUUGCGUAGAGUUGUGUGGAAGUUUUUCUCAAAGGAUUGGAGAGACUUAUUUCUACCAGUUUCUGAUUUGAAAACCCGCAUAAGGGAAUUUCAUGAAGAACGACGUUGGCAUCUAAUUAAUAAGGUCCCUUUUAUUCUUGUUGAAGGUGGUCAAAAGCCUUCUUCGGAUUACAUUGUUGUGAACAUGGAUGUCGACGAUCAUCUGAUACCUCUUCAGACAUCAUAUAGACAGUAUGAGCCGAUUGAUCGUUCCGUUACAGACAUCUUGAGACCAAGUGAACAUGGGUUCCCCGUUUGUCAGUUGUUGGAAGAAGCAAUUCUACCACUUGGAGGGCGCAUCAGUGCGGUCGGCAUUUGCUGUUAUGAAAAUGGAAUCCCUGUUAUCAGCCAUUGUAAAGAGCUUCAUUAUUUCUUGACUAAUUGCGGGAGUAAGGAUGAGUUGGUGGAGGAAGUUUUAUCACAAAGCAAAACUCUUUCCAAGCUAAGCCUUUUCCUAGUAUUGCUGGCGCUAGGAUUCUAUAGCUUUGGUGUUGUGAGGAAGUGGAGAACAUCGAAAGGGCUGAGAUAGCAGACACCGGCAGAGCCAACACAAUGAAUAGAUUUUUUUUUUUUUUUCUUCUUCCUUUCUGAUAGUUGAUUUUCGGGCAAAGGAUAUAUGUUCGUAACUUCGGUCAAACCACAUGUUAGGAUGUUUUUUUCUCUUCAUAAUUAUAUGUUAGGAUUUAUGUUCAAGUUGGUUUUGUGCUGGCUGACACGUUCAUCAUA